AUUUCAUUUCAUUUUGAUUUUAGUGUAGUUUCUACUCAUUUGUUCUUGCGGGCGCAUGCGUCUAACCUAGUAGUCGUGUUUUCUGUGUGUUCUAUUUCAGACUUCAGUGUUAAAUCUAACAUUAAUAUGCUUUCGGUUUCGAAGUUUUCUGAAUUCAACGGUGUUAAUAGAGAGAAAAACAGAAUGGAAAACAAUAAAGUGACUGUUGUGUUAGGUGCUCAAUGGGGCGAUGAAGGAAAGGGCAAAGUUGUGGAUUUAUUGGCCGUGAAUUCUGACAUCGUGUGCCGCUGCCAGGGUGGCAACAAUGCUGGCCAUACUGUCGUUGUCGAAGGCAAGGAGUUCGAUUUCCACCUUCUACCAAGCGGUAUAAUAAAUCAAAAAUGCACAUCAGUCAUUGGAAACGGCGUGGUGAUUCAUUUGCCGGGCUUGUUUGAGGAGUUGAAGAAAAAUGAGCAGAAGGGUAUGGAGGGGUGGCAGGACCGCCUCAUCCUAUCGGACAGGGCACAUCUGGUGUUCGACAUUCAUCAGCAGGCGGACGGUCUACAAGAAGCGGAGAAGGGCAAGAACUCGCUGGGCACAACGAAAAAGGGCAUCGGCCCGACUUACUCGUCAAAGGCGACCCGCAACGGAAUCAGAAUCGGGGACCUGAUCGGAGACUUCCAUAUAUUCGAGGAGAAAUUCCGAACGUUGGCAGCGAACUACAAGCGGAUGUUUCCGUCACUGGAGGUGGAUAUCGAGAGCGAGCUGAUGAGGUACAAGGAGUACGCCCAGAAGAUAAGACCCCUGGUCAAGGACACCGUGUCAUACUUGCACCAGGAGAUCAGGAGUGGGAAGAGAGUUCUCGUCGAGGGAGCAAACGCCGCCAUGUUGGAUAUUGAUUUUGGUACGUACCCCUACGUGACGUCAUCAAAUUGCAGUAUAGGCGGCGUGUGCACAGGACUCGGAAUACCCCCAUGCCUUAUCGGAGAAGUACUGGGCGUCGUGAAGGCCUACACCACGAGAGUUGGCGACGGACCUUUCCCUACAGAACUCAACGACGAGACGGGCAAGUUGCUGCAAGAGCGCGGACACGAAGUGGGCGUGACCACGCGGCGAGUGCGACGAUGCGGUUGGCUCGACCUCGUGUUGCUUAACUACACCGCGUUAGUCAACGGAUACAGCUCAUUAUGCCUGACGAAGUUGGACAUCUUAGAUAAUUUAAAAGAGAUCAAAGUGGGCGUGGCUUACACAUUGAAUGGAAAGAGAAUUAACUACUUCCCAUCGUCGAUUUCGGAGCUAAGUAAUGUUCAGGUCGAGUACGUGACCGUGACGGGCUGGGAGUGCAGUACGGAAGCCGUGCGAAGCGUGGACAAACUGCCGACGCAGGCGCAAAUCUACGUCAAACUGAUCGAGGACCACCUAAACGUUCCUGUCAAAUACAUCGGCGUUGGUCAAGGCAGGGAGUCGAUCAUCAGUGUGGACUAGCAGCGGCCUUAAAUCAAUUCUAUCGCAAGAAAUGGCUUUAAAGUAGGGAUGGGCGAUUAUUACUAAAACGAUUGUCGAUUAUUUAGUUUACUCGAUAUAAGUCGAUUUUUAUCGAACAAAGGCAUCGGCGGGUGCUCGACUCAGUUACAGUGUCAACUUAAACUAAUAAUUUACAGCGCAGGGCACCUAUUAAGUAACUAGAUUUCAUUUUCGAUUGCUUCUGAAGUUUAUCGAUUCUUAUUCGAUUUGUCAUGUUAAGGAAUUACUAAAUCGAUGUUCGAAUCUGCAUUGGUACAAUUUUCGAUUCAGUCGAUUAUUUAUCUGAAAAAAUCGCCCGUCGCUACCUUAAGCCUCAUUUAGUUAAUUUUUUUUUACAUUUUAAGCUAAUUUUACUAUAGCUUCAGUACUUGUAUUAUGUGAAGAAGUCGCCUCUGUUAGGCAAGCAAAAGCGACCAGUGUGUCAAUUGCCUAAUGUUGCUUUUCAGUGUAACGUUUGAGAUGUUAUUUUUGUUGAUAUAUAUAUACUUACGAGACUGGUGGAAUUCGGUUUUAUCUGGCUCCUUCAGGAACGAUUAACGGAAUAAAUCUUAACUCAUGUGCAAGCAAAGGGUCGUGCCCACUGCUACUAUCUUUAGUACUGGUUCCGGUUAAGAGAGAACUUCCAAUGGCAACGUCUCUGUACUAAUCACGUUUGAAACCGUAUGAUAGCUCAACGCCGUCCAACUAAUGAAGUUUGAUUCUGCUAUGGUUCCACCCAUAGACUUACUAUAUACCAGCGUAUAGGUAAACAAAGUGUGCGAGAGAGAAGAAAAUCUCUAAAGCACUGACCUCUACUAUAUACCACUGGACUGGCGGCUGUCAAAAAGUGCUUUUGUGUCUGUUGGAUAUUCGCCAUUUUGGCGCUGUUGGCCAUGUAGCGAGAGUCUGCGGGACUAAAACUAGUGAUGACAACCUCAGCAAACAUCGAUAGAUGGUGGGAAACUAUUUACAGAAAAUAAAAAAAUUGUACUUUAUAACGUUGAUUCUUGAAGUAUAAAUAACACGUAAAACGAACGAAAUUAAUUAAUAAAUGCAAAAUACUUCAUAGUAGGUAUUGUACGUUCCUUCGCAGCCAUUUGUAUUAUACGUCAAAAUUAGUUCUCGGGACGCUCGCGAGUGGCGCUUCAAAUACGCAUAAAACAUUUUCUUUCAGACAUAUGGAAAAGCCUGUCGAAUGGUAUUUAUACAGGUCAGUGAUAAAGAUAUAUAAAUAUUAUAUGUAUACAAAAAAAUGUGAUUAUUGAACUUGUGAAUUGUAACUUCCGCUUCUGAGCCAUGCCACAGACAGUAUUGAGUAAUUAAGUAUGUAUAUCAACAAAAAAAAUUGCAGUUAUCAUUUAGGUAGUUAAUUAAAUAUUCUUAGAUAUAUUUGAAAUCAAUUACAAUCAUUGUAUUAUGUUUAUACCUUUUUAUAUAAAUCAGGACACCGGUAGGUUACUGGUUCAUUUUUUAUUAUUAAUAUUAUCUCGAAUACAUGAAACUGUCAAUUUUGCGGUAAAAGACAAAGAGAAAAUAGGUGAAAAUGUGAACUUUAGUAAAGUACAAAUGAAAAGCUGUAGCGUUUUAAUGAUAAGAAGAUUUAAAAGUACUUAACUAUAUGGAGCCGAUAGGCGUAUGAAGGAAGCACUAAAUAAGUAACACGUUACUUUUGGUUAAAGUAAUAAAUGCACACUUAUCGAUAGGGUAUUUAUCACUGUUUUCUUAAAUUAUUUUAUGUUUUCAGUCAUGUUCUUCGACACAAUAAUAAAAUAUAAUAACAUAUUGUGCUUUGUUUAAAGAUUUGUAACAUAUAAAAAAAUUGUGAUUUCAACAUAAUCCUGUGGUCUGGUGCUAAAAGGGUCACUAUCAAUUUAUGCUCUUGCUGGUGACUUUAAUUGUUAUAACACUAGAAAAUAAGGAAUUGUUUGGUACUUAGAUAGAAAACAGCUCCCAAGGGUGAAUAUAUUAUACAUUUCUAUUAUAAAGUCUCAGUCGCAAUUCAGUGGUUAUCUCUAAAUAAAAUCAUUUAUUUAAAGUUACUAUUAAGAGCAAAAAUUGAUAUUGGCCAUUUUAGCACCAGAACACAGAAUUAUUAAUUUUGAUCCUACAUAUAAACAAUUUCUUACAGAUAACACUCCGGAAUUCCGGUAGUUUCAUACUUCCAGUCAGCCUAGCGAAACUCUCUAAGAUAAAAGCAAUUGUAUGAAACGUGCAGUGAUUGGUAGAUGACAGAUCUUGUAAAAAAAGGAGAGAGCCGAUAUCCACUACGUUUUAAGUAACAUUUGGCUUUAAAACUUAGGCGGAUUAUACUUCGUCGCCAUAUUGUAAUUACUAUUUCAAACUUAUGGUCAAAUCUCACUGCACGUUUCACACUAAACUAAAUUUCAAUUUUUACCUCUUUUUCCAUAGUAUUUCUAUUCUCUUUGGUUCUAGUGGAAUCCCAAAUAGUAUUGGAAAUGUUACUAAAGAAUUGUUCGGAAAAAGCUAACCUCAUUAAGAAUUUGUUUGAAACGGCAAUAUAAUAAUAAAUAGAUUUAUCUAAAUAUAAUUCUUAGGUGCUCAGAAUUUUAGACACUUGGAAAAAGCACUUUUUUGGAUAUAAAUAAUGCAUUAUUUUUUAAAUUUAUAUUUAAAAAAGAACGCUUAGAGCAGUAUUGCCGCUGUUGUGUGCUCUUUUGCACAUACCAGCCUUAAAGUUCAAAAUGUAGAAUUGUGUUACAAUUUUUGUUUGUUUCUCGGCUGGAGCUUUAUUAUUAGAGUUAUUUUAAUUAAAAUUGAGCUCCUUGAACUGCAUUCAGUCUGAAAACUACUGUUCCUAUUGUUAUCGUUAUUAUUAUGACACAACAAAAAACCAUGCGUAUGUAAACUAUAUUUAUAUAAAUUAUAUUAUAGCUAUAAAAUUAAUCUUACGAGACAGAGUAUGAUCUUUAUACUAUUAGCCUAGAGCGUUUGUCGUCAUGUGAUCAUGACUUUCAUCAUUAAUAUGUUUAGUAAAAAUUGUAGGCUAAAUCUCAUGUCGGGAAUGUCCAAAAUGCUCACGGGAAAUGUCUCGUUAUAAGUCCUUGUUAAAUUCAAAUGCAUUAUGGUUUUAACUAAUGAUUUAGCACGCACAUAGCGUGACUCAAAAGUGUCCUAAUUGGGACGCAAUUUUUUGUCUUCUUUUCUUAUUAAAUUUUAUUUAUCACGACAUUUUUAUUACAUCAUUUCACCGUGAGUUUAUAAUCGUUUUUAAUACUAGCACAGAGUGUAUUUCUCGCCUUUUGUUAAACUUAAAAGUACUUAAAGUGUUCUAAUCAGAUGAGUCUACUUGAAGAUUUUAAAAAUACACAAACAAUUACUGUUUAAAUUAUUCUUUAAAUACUAAUAUAAAUUUCUUUUUGUUCGCGAAAUUGUUUGCGCACAGUUAUUAUUAUGAAAUUAAUUUGAUGUUUUUCUUCCAAUAUUACUGGGUCUACUAAGGUAUAGUGUUAAAACUGAACCAAAUUUUGCAGUUUUGUUCGAACAUUUAGUGCAGGUAUUUAAUUAUUAGAGUAGAGAGUUUGAGAACAUGUAGGGAGAGAAUAACAUAUUCUACAGAUGUAUUUUUGCUAAUCCAUUAAAUUAAAAACUCUUUCAGUAUUUGCGACAAAUGUUAAUUCUAUAUCACAAAUCAAUCUGUUUUAGUACCAGAGCUAAUAUUAAAUAUUACUGUGUCACAAAUGUUUUGGCUCUCUCGCAGCAUCUCGUUAGAAUUUCUGCCAUGAAGCAGUUAUGUGUUAGUAGCUAGUGACUACAUGGCAAAUGAUACUUAAAAUCUUAUGUCACAAGGUGACGAGCGCAAUUGUGUUGCCGCUCAGAAUUUUUGGGAUUCUCAAUAAUCCUGGGCGGCACUGCAUUGUAAUGGCCAGGGUGUACCAAAUACCAUCAGCGCUGAACCUUGUCUCGUCCCUCAUAGUCAUAAAAAAAGGGCGUACACCUUGCUAAACGUUCGGUCACGCUCCUGUGUUUCCUCUGGUGUUGCAGGAGAAUAUGGGCGCUGGUGUUCACUUAUCAAAGAAGAGUUAUUUAUUUAUUUCAAGGAAUAUCAACAGCUAUUUACACAAAAUAAAAAUAUAAUAAAAACUUACAGCUAAUUACAGAAAUGAGUGGGCAUGGGCGUAUAACCAUCAGCUGAACGUCCUGCUCUCGUCUCUUACUGUCAAAAAAAAAAAAGAUUUGCUUGCUUCGUUUUAUUUUAUGCCAAAUUUAAAAAGGCGUCGAUACAGAUCUUUGUCAUAGUCCUAAGAAAAAUCUUCAAUUGGAUAGCAACUCGGUACGGCUUGCUAUUUUGGCUUUUGUCCUUUUGGAAUUAUUUUGCUGACUCUACUUUUUGUCACGUAAAGGCGCACACCAUCUUGGAAAUAUUUGUUUGAAUACCGAUUAAUGUGAUAUAUUUUUUUUUGUUCUGAAAAUCUUUAUCAAUUCACAGGUAUAAGUGUUUUCAUUCAUAACGUAACCUCAAUAUGAAGGGCUGUGUUUAGCAAAUUUUUAUUAAAGUAUUGCGGGAGUUCAAAGCGCUUACGGUUACAUUAUAAUCCAAAGAAUUGACUUACAGAUUAUACAUACAGAAAUACAUAAUUUUUUGGUAUGUAAGUUUUUAAUAUACCUAAUAUGUUUAGUUACAAUUGUAGGCUUAAUCUCACGAGAGGGUUGGAUAGAAAAUUUCUCACGUAAAUAAUUAAAAAAACUUGUAUGGAAACACCGUGGACUAUUAAAAAUAAAAAUGUGUGUGUACUUAUGUAUGCAGGCAAGAAGUUAUACUUCUUUGGCCUAACAAAAAUCAUUAAAACGAUUUAUUCCUCGUGCUAUUCUACGUUUGUAGAAAGAACAAUUUCGUAAAAAUCUUGCAAAGAUGGCAGUUAAUUAUCAAAUAAUGAAUACGGCUGCAUGGGCUUGAACCUGUCUCCUGUCCUAGUAAUGGACGAAGAAACCAUAAAAAAAUAACGUGAGAAAAUUUUAGUUACCAACUUCAACCUGUUACUUUUGUGUUACAGUUAUGCGUGCGUCUAAGAUUUCACUCUCAUAAUUUUUCCAUAACGCGCCUAAAGAAGUAUAACUUUAAUAACUCCAAUAAAUCCUAUGCCCUAAUAUUUGGUAUUUGAAAUGGCAUUAGCAGAAAAAAAAAUCCCAGUUUUUUCGCCAGGUUAGAUCAAUCUUAACAUUGCCUUUGCCGGGCAUGUAUUAUAUUAAAUGUAUUUCUUAUUUCUUUUAUUAUAUAUAAAUAUUAAAUAAUAUAUAAACGUAUUCAUCAAAGUAUUCUCACUUGUCAUAUAAUAUGGAUAAUUCAUUCCAAAGAAUUGUUUAAAAAUCUUGUUUAUUUAAAUUCUUACGACCUAUCAUGUUCGCUUUUACAUUCUUUGAGGUGUUUUAUGUGAUGUGUUACUCUUCAAAAGCGAAACUAUAGUUGCAAAUCUUAUAUUUAUAAAAUCGUAUGACAGUAGAUAAUAUCGUGGAUAAUACACACAGACAGACACAACAAUUAUCUGUAAUAAAAUUCCGUUAAUUUAUCCUGUCUGCCUUUGAAAAGUAACACAGCACAAUAUUUUAUUUGUAAAUAUUUCGACACAGUUACUAUUAUAGAAUAAUGGUUUAUUCUUUUAA